AUAUACAUAGUAAAUGUGUUAGAAAUUCCUUAUAAUAUGAUAUUUCAAAUGCCAUAAGUUCUAAUGUUAUAUUAAAUCAUGUGCAAUAAAUGGUGAUAUAAGUAAAUUGUUAUUAAUUAUUAUUGCAUUAUUGGUGUGAUCAUAGUAGGCAAAAUUAAAGUAAAAGUAUUUAAAAGUAACAGUAUUUGAAAUAUGAUAUUAUAGCAAUAAACAAUAAUAAAUAUGAGAAAUAUAAUGAUACAACGUCAGAUCUGAGUGUACCUAUGUAAAUUAAGUACAGGUUGAAUUCGAGAAAUUUGAUUCGGAGUUUAUCUAUGAGAAUAGAUCGAGAGACUGUAGUCUAUCACAAUUAUGUAUAAAUUAUGUAAUUGUUUUAAUCCAUUUAAUCUGUUGGUAUCGCGUCAUAACACCAUAAAAUUUGCAUUGCUUUAAAUACAUAAGUAAAACAACAGAUGUGUAAUAAACGCUUGCAAUUAAGCACGUGUUUUACACAUUCUAGUCGGUUGGAUUUAAAGACAGAUUAAGUUAUUUGUAACGUGAUACUUUCCGUUGUUAUUGUGUAAAGUGGGAUAUUCAUAUUCACCCAUUACAAAAAAUUAGAAUAUUCUGAAUUUAUUACGCGUGAUAAAAUUGUUUGGCACAUAUUAUCAAUAAUGUAUCAGUUAUUGAUAAAUUCUACCGGCUUUGGCCGAUCGACUUACGUGUCAUUAUAAUGGGAUUGACGGGUCGGACAUUAUCAUCUAAUCAUGUGCUUGUACGAGAUACGCGUUAAAUUGGGUUCACAUACAAUUAAUGUAUUCUGGUCCUGUGCCGCCUAAUUUAUCAGACAAUAAGGACGAGUCGAGAGAUAACUGUAGAGGAAAAUGAUGAGACAUCGGUGACAGGACACUAUUUACAAGUCUUUAGUGCGUACUGAUUGGCUCUAAAAAGACUCACGGUACCUAAACAGACGUUAAUUGAAAGCGGUUUAACGCGAGGGGCGCUAUAAAGAAUGGAAACUUGUCUCUUAUACGCUGCAUAACUCAUGGUGAAUGGAUAUUUAAGAACGAAUUAUAAUUUCCUUUUAAUGAAAAUUUUACAGGCAGUCUACUUGUAUUAAGCACAUCAAAAGACUUUUCUCAGUUAAGUGUCAAUUAUAAGUAACUGAGCCUCGCUUUUUAGGUUGAUUUUAUCCAAUAAAAUUUUUACUAAAAGUUUUAUUGGGAACUCUGUUAAAAAUGAAAAUUUUAGGACUGACUUUCGAUUGAAUUGUAAUUAUGUGCACGAAAGAAAAGUAUUUUUCGAAAUUCUUUAAAUAAUAUCUUAUUAAAUAUUUUAUUGAGUAUUCUAUCAAGUAAUAGGAAAAUGCUUUAUGUACACGUUCAUAAUUAUAGAUUUCUUUCCUAAUUUUCCAACACAUGCAAGCAAUGUUUGAAUAAUAAUUUAAAUAGUUCAAAAUGCGCAUAAUAUUUUUUUUUAAUAAAGAAAUCACAUAUUGUUUGCAUUUUAUAGUUGAAAGUUAUAUAGUAACUGUGAAGCAUAUUGUACACUGUAACAAUGCAGCGUAUGCGAAAGUUUGCAUUAUUCGAAUUCUCUGCUAGACAGCGUGUCACCCAUUAAGCAUCGUAGCCGUGAUAACAGAUCAUUUCUGCAAUUGAUAGGCACGACUAUCUUUCGCGGCUACCGUAACGUGAUAAUGAAACUCGUGGCGAUAAUAUCCUUGCUUUGAGCGCUUUUUUCACUUUUAUCUGGAGUGUGAAGGCAUCUGCGCCUAAUUAAGUCCAUAUUAUCAUCAAAUUGGUAUUAACUCACUACCUCUGGCUCUCAGCGGUUUGCACCGCCCGUCGUUACAAAAAAAAAGAAUGAUCACACACAGAGAUCUAUAAAUUUACAUAAUAAGAAUUUUAAAUGAGCGAUUGCACAACGUUGAGGAAAAAUUUUCUGUGGAAUAAACUCUUUGGAAAAUGACAAAAAGAUUCUUCAAUUAAUUUAAUAUCGAUUUUGUCGUUAUAGCACGCACGUGUUAAUUUUCUAAAUGAAAUGAAUUCUGAUUGAAGAUAUAAAAACGCAAGUAAAAUGAAUAACUCAAGUAAAAUGAAUAACCCAAGUAAAAUGAAUAACAAGACCAUUAUUGUUUUAUUGUUAUUAUUUAAGCAAGAAAUAAGGACUGUUUGAUAAUAAUUAAUUUUUAUCCUCCAAAGAGUUUAUAUUAUAAUAAAUAAAGUGCUACGCGUUUCUUCUAAUAAUUUUUUUUCCUAAACAUUUCUUGUAGCAAUUAAAUUAUGUAGGCAUUAAAAAAUAAUUCAAUAAUUCCUAAUCGCAGCUCAGUUCAUGAAUAUGUAAAGGUAUACAUACAGUUUCUGGAUAUAUAACGCGCGAUUAAACAAAUUUAUCGUAUUCUCCCGCGGGUGCGACCAUAAAUGUAGUAUGCAAUAGUCAUUCGCGUGAUUAAUUAUGCAUGACAUAUGCGCUACUUGUCACUCCUAUGGGCUAAACAGACAAGCAAGAAUCUAUCGGAAUUAGUAAUAAGUUUUGAAUAGCAUUAUUGCAUAGAAUUAUUUUCCUAUGACAGGCCACAAGUUUAUUCCCAAUGGCUAUUGCAUUUCAAAGUAAAACUUUUAUUAGUUUCAACAGACACUUCUUGCAAGUAAAGUGAACUGAUUUCAAUAUUUGACAUAAUUUUAUUUUCUGAUAAUCAAAUAUUUCUUGUAACACAAAGUUUUCAUUGGCGAGAUAGGUACGCAACACAUGCAAAUAAUACUUAUAUAAAAGUAAAAAAAAAAAUCAAUAAAUAAAGAAAUUAAUAUACAUAUUAUUAACAAAUUUAAGUAAUGUAUAAAAAGUAAUUUAUGCAAAAAAAUAAUACGCAUGAUGCAUGCUUCUAAUGUGAAACGUAGUAUGCAAAUCUUUCCCUUCUUCGGAACUAAUCAUAAAUGCCACUGCUGUGUUCACAAGGCAAUCCCACACAUUUGCAUCCGUACGUCAAACCUAUUAUUUCAAAGAUGUAUUAUAAUGAUUUCCAAUGAAAUAAUACUAGCUAUCUAUAAGUGAUUCGCAUAAUAAAAGACGUGCGUUUAGGGUGUAUGUGUGCGCAAUAAUGCAGAUCAAUGAGCGCAGAUUGACGUGCAUUAGAAAUGUAUCAUUUGAUUAUACUUUGAAAUAUCGUUUUUACGCACAAGUAACUUCUUAAACAAGAAAAAUGUAAUCAGCUUUGUCGUAUAAUCGUCAUAUCAGCUCGGUAUCGCUGGAUAGAUAAUUUUUUGCCGAUAUAUUGAAUUAGUUUAUCUCUUAUUGUAUCUCACGGUAUUAUUCCUAUAAGCUUUCCAUUCGAUAAAUAUGUAAAUCAUCUCUAAAUUAACAUGUGUUUAAUAUAUAAUACUAACAGUACUUUUUUAAUUUUUCUAAACUAUUUUAUAAUAACAAAAUUCAGCAGAAGUAAUUGUUGAGAUAAAAGAGAAGCUGAUGGGUUAUCAGGGACCGCUGUUUAUUCGAAUAGAUCCGUCUUAUUUGAAGAGCUAGAACUACAUCUGGUGUGUCGCAACGAUCGAAACGAUGUUUACAUAUCGCGAAAUAAUAUUAUUCACUUUGCGUCAUUUAAUUUCCGAGCAUCGAUAAUUGGAUAGGAAUCAAUUUUAGCGAAAAUAAAUAUAUCUUCUUAAUCGUCACGUAUAUUAGUCAACUUAGCCUUUAUCUAUUAUUUUUCUUUUUCUCCAACUACCGACGCUCGUCAUUCACAAUAUUAAACAAAAAAUCAAGUUGAGCAACGUUCAACUUGAGAAAAUUCGGAUGACCGUACUAUAUGGCCGACGAUGUCCUGUACACCUUCACCAACAGAAGAUUCAUUUUUCCUCUAUCCAUCUACGUGGAAAUUUCAGCAAUGCAAUGUCGUGUAGCUUCUUCGGAGCUGCGGGGGCUAGUCUUCGGAUGAUCCGACAACAUCGUUUACUCGAUGAUUGUUACAUUAUCGUCACCGAUUUCGAAAUGACAGAAUAAUACCCCUCCCUGACAGCCUGACCGGAUUCCGGAGCGUAUCUCAGCACUAUCUGGGCGGAGUUUCCUUAUCAGAAUCACCGGAUGACUGUCUCCGCGCUGCUGCCAGCCACCGACUGGUUGCUGCGACUGGCCGAUUGCUGUUCGUCGCCAGCAUCAAGAGGAGAGCGCGAUCGGAAGCUAUCAUCUGGCUGUCAGCCGAUGGUAAACAGUCCUCCGGCAUACACCGCGGUGCGCAGACGUGCGUACGUACGUAGUGCAACGACGUGUGCACGUGUGCAUACACUUAUAUAUAUGUGUGUGUAUGUGGGCGCACCUAUAGGGAGAAAGAGAUAGAAUUAAUUGAAUACACAUCUCGUCUGUCCACGCGCGCUUUAUUUACUCGUGAAGCGGGGCGACUCCGACAUGAGGACUACCGUCUGACAUUGCGGCCAAAAGUGCAUUCACCAUCGUGCUUAUCGUCGCGGUGAUAGAUUUCUUCAGGUGCAAUCACCGGUGGAGCUCCAAGAAGACAUGCAAUCGAACAAACCGUGGAUGCAGCCGAGAGCGGGCAGUGGCGGGGCCCAUCCGGGCGGGACAGGUGACGAUGAGGCCCCGAAAGACCCGGGUGCGCGGAUUACUCAUCAGUCUUACACGGAAAAAGAUUAUGAAGGUCACAGAGCGCACACGGUGUAUGUGGGCGUGCAUCUGCCAGGGGAGAGAAGACACCGCCGACACCAUAAGCACCACCAUUCACAACGACAGCCCGGUGGUAAGGAGGACGCCGACAACGAUAGACCGAGACAAUUGUUGAUGGCGCGCAGGGGUCGUCUCGCUAGCAUCUGCGACCCCGCCGGCGAGAUGAUAUUCACUCCGCCAGCCCAGAGAGUACAGUUUAUCCUUGGCGAGGAAGUUGGUGACGAUGCGCACGAAUCGCAUCCGCUCUUCUCGGAGAUGGAGGAGCUCGUCAAGGAUGGCGACGAAAUGGAAUGGAAAGAAACAGCGAGAUGGAUCAAGUUCGAGGAAGAUGUCGAGGAAGGUGGCAAUAGAUGGAGUAAACCUCAUGUUGCUACACUAUCACUGCACUCACUCUUCGAAUUAAGGAGCCUCCUUUUAAACGGAACCGUCAUGCUCGAUAUGGAAGCAGGAAGUUUAGAACAAAUAGCUGAUCUUGUUCUCGAUAACAUGAUUAGUAAAGGAGUAUUAUCGGUGGAAUUGCGAGAGAAGGUGAGAGAAGCCCUUCUCGUCCGACAUCGGCACCAACACGAAAGACGUAAAGACAAUAACAUGUCGAAGUUACCGAUCAUACGAUCGUUAGCUGAGAUAGGACGUAACCAUUCCUCCUCGAAGAAUUUCGACUGUUCAUGUGGUAUGCAUGCCUUGUUGACGUCAGAUUUGCAGGAACGUCGUGAUCCAAAGGACACUUACGUGCCGUCCGUCGCCCGCAGCAGUAGCUGCCCGAACUCGAACACGGCCCCGCUGUCGAAAGAGGCGAAAGACCUCAAAGGGCCGUACCUUCUGGUUCCAGUGGAGGAAUCAAAUUCCGCUCCGGCAAUCGCCGGCGCAACAAGUCAGGGCAGUGGAGCAGCGUUGAAUGCUGGCAGCCGCUUCCUUACGAUACCCGGCAAUCCCGGCCAGGAACCAGGUAGUAACGGAAUGGAUCGGAGCCCCAGCAACGUGUCUAUCAGCAGAAUUCACAGUUCGUCAGCUUUGGAAAACGGAGAUGCUAAUCACAGGGGUAAUACGCACUUUAUGAGAAAGAUACCACCCGGCGCCGAGGCAAGCAACAUACUCGUAGGUGAGGUCGAUUUUCUCGACAAGACUUUGUCCGCAUUCAUCCGGUUAAGCCAAGCCGGAAUAAUGGGGGACCUGACAGAAGUUCCUGUUCCGACAAGAUUCAUCUUCGUCCUCCUGGGACCCAUGGGUGGAAUUUCGGGUUUCCACGAGAUAGGCCGAGCUAUGGCGACCUUGAUGUCUGACGAAGUCUUCCACGACGUGGCUUACAAGGCAAAAAAUAGAAAUCACCUCUUAUCUGGUAUUGAUGAGUUCCUAGACGCCGUGACGGUACUACCACCCGGUGAAUGGGACCCGGCCAUCAGAAUAGAACCGCCAGCGGCUAUCCCGUCACAGGAAGUUAGAAAGAGACCCAAGGAGGAAAAGCCUAAGGAAGAGUUUGACGAGGAAGCUGAUGAACAAAAGCUAAGGGAGGAAUCCGGCCUUUCGAGAACCGGUAGACUGUUCGGCGGUCUGAUCAACGACUUUAAGAGAAAAGCUCCAUUUUAUUUAUCUGACUUCAAGGACGCCCUUGCACUUCAGUGCGUCGCGUCUUUCAUUUUCUUAUAUUUCGCCUGCUUGUCGCCCAUCAUUACUUUCGGUGGUCUCCUCAGCGAGGCCACCGGAAAGAACAUGGCCGCCAUGGAAUCGUUAGUCUCCGGUUUCGUCUGUGGCAUAGGAUAUGGCUUUUUCUCUGGUCAGCCUUUGACUAUACUCGGUUCCACCGGUCCGGUUCUGGUUUUCGAGACGAUCGUCUACGAAUUCUGCAAGAAGGUUGACUGGAGUUAUAUGUCUUUCCGUUUUUGGAUCGGUACAUGGAUUUCCGUAAUUCUAAUGAUUCUCGUGGCUCUUGAUGCAAGUGCUUGCGUUUGUUACAUCACUCGAUUUACGGAAGAAAAUUUUGCUACCCUUAUCGCCUUCAUUUUUAUCUAUAAGGCUAUCGAAAAUGUGUUGUCGAUCGGCAAGAAAUAUCCUCUAAAUACCUAUUCCAGUCAAACACUGGAUUACGAUUGCUGGUGCAAACCACCAAACAUUAGUUUGCCAUCCAGUUAUGACAACAUGAAUUGGACGACAUUGGAUAAAACAGCUUGCGAGAAUUACAAUGGCACUAUGGUGGGUGAUGGCUGCAGCGUACCGCAUUAUGUACCCGACGUGUUCCUUAUGUCAAUUAUCCUAUUCAUGGGCACGUUUUUGUUAUCGGUAGAGCUCAAGGAUUUCAAAAACGCUUUAUUCUUUCCCUCAAAGGUGAGACAAGUGGUAAGCGACUUUGCAGUAAUAAUCGCGAUAUUCUCUAUGAGCACAUUGGAUCAUUUUGUGGGCAUUCCAACGCCGAAAUUGGAAGUGCCAACGGAGUUCAAGCCAACAUUAGAGGGACGAGGAUGGCUAAUCUGGCCUUUUGAGAGAAAUCCGUGGUGGAGUGCCAUCGGGGCAUGUCUUCCCGCUUUAUUGGGCACUAUAUUGAUCUUUAUGGAUCAGCAAAUCACGGCCGUUAUUGUUAAUAGAAAAGAGAACAAGUUAAAGAAAGGAUGUGGGUACCAUCUGGAUCUUUUCAUCCUGGCGAUCCUGAUCGAGAUAUGCUCGGUAAUGGGACUUCCAUGGUUCGUCGCAGCGACAGUACUCUCCAUAAAUCACGUGAACUCGUUGAAGUUGGAAUCCGAGUGUGCCGCGCCAGGCGAGAAGCCGCAAUUUUUAGGUGUCCGCGAGCAGAGGGUUACUCAUAUACUUAUCUUUCUGAUGAUCGGAUGCUCGGUACUCUUAACACCGAUGCUGAGGAACAUACCGAUGCCGGUGCUGUUCGGUGUCUUCCUGUACAUGGGCGCCGCGUCGUUGAAAGGUCUUCAAUUCUUCGAUAGGAUUCUGAUAAUGUUGAUGCCCGUUAAAUAUCAGCCGGACUACAUGUUUCUUCGCCAGGUCCCGUUGAAACGAGUACACAUGUUCACUGCAAUUCAGCUUACUUGCCUCGCCUGCCUGUGGCUCAUAAAAUCUUUCAGUCACACCUCUAUUCUGUUUCCUUUAAUGCUCGUGGUAAUGAUCGGCAUACGCAAAUCCCUGGAUUUGAUGUUUACGCAACGCGAACUGAAAAUCCUCGACGACAUAAUGCCGGAACCAAGCAAGAAACACGCCGACGAUCUUCGUAAGCUGGAGAACGGCGAGGAUCAUAACGAAACGAUGGGCUACGGACCCCCGGGAAACAUUCAGAUCUCUUUGGCUAACGGGAACAUCAUGAAAAUUCCUCUGGCGAGUAUCAAUAUCAGCGAGGAGGUGAACAAAACUGGUAUUUGGCAACAAGUUAACGAGAGCAACGAAAAAACAAAACAGUCAAAAUCAUUGAUCAAUGUGGGAAAGCAAAAGAAGAAUCCGAAGAAAGACAACUCGCUAUUAGCCGCCGAUGAGACAACGAGGCUGACGACAAUGACCGAAGAAGAUGAAGAUGACAGUGGAAUAUCGAUCAAGGUAGAUUUAAUACGAUCCAAGGAAAGCAUCAGUCCUUUAAAAGCAAAUGGUACUACCUCAGCAGAGACUUCCGUUUAACAAGAAGAAAACAAAAACAAACAUAUAUUAAUGUAGUACACAAGUUUCUUUAAUUGAUUGCUUCAAAACUUUCUUUCAUAAGAUAAGAAUAAAAAUUGCAGAGUAGAAACUCUUAUCUUAUAAAUUAAAUCGACAUGAAAGUCAUAAAACAUACCAUUUAACUUUUUGUAAGUUUAUAUCCUUUUACAAAGUAACAUCUAUUCUCCUUUGCCUAUAUUAUCCUUAAUUAAAUUACAUUUGUAUUAUAUUUAGUAUAAACAAUGUGCGUUGCUUGUUCGCGAGUAUUCUGUAAUUUAUACUGAAAUGUAAAUGAUCUAAUAUCCACCCAUAGUCUCAAUGUGUUUGUACAUAGAAACAAUUUAAGAUUCGCCAAUAGUAUCCAAUUGUGAUUUAAUAAAACCUCAUUUUUCAUCUCCGAUAAAGUAAUGAUAAUGACGUAUUGCUACAAAACAGUUCAUUUUUAGUAAUUAUUUAUACUACAAUUCAACUUUCUUAAUAUUAUUGUAUUUGAAUUAUAAGGGUAUGUAAACAUCGAGAAAUAAAAAAAAAUAGAAGAAAAAGAUUCCAAAUAAUUCGAAAAAUGUUUCGAAAUAAUAAAGGCAUAUUUAUAGUAGGUACAUGUUUUCCGUUCUAGUGAGUAACAAAAAUAAAAUACGGUAAAAUUUGAAAAGAUCUCUUACUGUUAUGCAGCUUCUUUAGAUAAUACGAUCUAGAUUAACGACGUCUAUUAACUGACAAAUCAAUAAGGACGUGUUUAUGCUACAAAAAUUUGUGAAAAACGCACAUUUUUUCAACCGUGAUAUGAUACUGAAAAUAAGUCGCAUUUAUAAAAUAUGAAUGCGAACUGCAAAAUAAAAUUCGAGUUUUUCUGGUUGAAAUUUUUCAACGGAAAAUUACUUUUUCUAGCGAAUAAUUCAGCUUCAACGCAUUCAAAUAUUCGAAUAAUUAUUACCGAUAAUUUUCACUCUUAUAGAUAUAUAUUAAAAUAAAUAAGAAAUAAAAAUGAUGUAGUAAAAUAAAAUAAUAAAUAAUAGAAUAAUAGCAUAGUAUUGCGCAGGUGUCAAAAUACCGUAAGUUGCAGGUUCGUGUGUGUGUGCCAGUUACAAUUAUUCGAAUAUUUGAACAUUGACAGCUGUAAAAUUUUAAGUUCGUAUAAAUCAAAUUCUAAUUCAUAUUAUACAAAUCAGAAAAAUAGAAAAAUGAGAAUAUUGUGUUACCGUGCAAUAAUACAUGAUUUUGCAUGUAGCAAUUAAGUAGUUCAAGUAACUUUAUAUUCAUACCAUGUAUAUGCCAAAGAAACCCCGCAAUAUGUAAUACGUAUAUCAAUACUUCCUUCGAGGGAUAUCUCAUAUGUUAUUGCUAGUAUCGUUAAAUAGCAGUGCAUAUUAGAAAAAAGACAAAAAUCUGAUUAAUAAAAAAAUUGUUCUAAUAUUUUUUUAUUCAUUUUCUUCAAUGAUAUUAAUACGAUACCUUGGGGGAUAAGAAUUGUGGAAGCUAUUUCGUGAGCUGAGAGUAGAAAAAAAAAUGUUGUAUGUACAGAUGAAUUUGUUCCUUGUCCUUAAAUCAUAGAGUAAUAUUGACUCUUCUGGUCUCAAAAAAUACUAUCAUUUUACUAAUAAAUUUUUUUACAAAAGCGGCCUUUUUAAAUACAAAACUAUGGAACAAUCCUCUUCGAGACAUUCAUAAAGUAAUCUCUCGCUUUGCAUAAAGAUAAUCGAAAUUGACUUAAAAAAAAUUUUGUAUAAUAUGCAUAAUAAUCUAGUUUAGAUAAAAGUUUAUUCUCAAAGAUGUCUAAAAAAGCACACAGCAUAUUUCUGUUGCUUCUUAAAACUUUCCAGUCUAGCUAAGAUCUUGCCCAUUCAAUUUCCAAACUAUUAUCAUAACUUUUUUAAUAUUUGGGCAUGCCCAAUUGCGACAAUAUUGAAAUAUUCUAAUUAUAGCGAAAUUAAUUUCUUUACCGCAAAAUUUUUGACAAAAAAUUUACGUAUUAUAAAAAUAUACAAUGUGUAGAAUGAUAGAACAGUCCCUUGAAGGAUAUCCGUUGUUCAAGAUUGAAGAGAAACAACAUAACCGUCAAUCUGCGAUAUGUAAUAAAUAAUAAUAAUUUACAACUAUAGUAAAUAAUAAUAAAGAUAUUCUGUCGGAAAAAUAAAGUUAUUUGUUAAUUAAAGUUAUUUGAAUUAAUUAAAUAAAAAUCUUACAAUAUUUUUAAAAUAAUUUUUUAAUUUUGUUUGUAUAUAGUAAAAUCUGUUGUGAUAUAAUUUGUUUCUUAUUAAAUUUAUACCUCAUAACAGAGAUAAUUAAUUUUGAAGCUUUCCGACCGAAUAUUUGCGUAAACAAAUAACUUGUACGAAUCGAAUAUUUACUGAAUAGAAAAAUGUGCAAAUUUUUUCUCAAACAAUCUGUGAUAAAUUUAUCAAUAAUGAAAAAAAAGGAUUUUAUUUAUAAGAACUUAAUUCCUCAGUUCGACUAAUUACCAAAUUUGUGGCAUAAAUAUUCAUAAAGAAUUUCAUAGAAAAAUAAAUAAGUGAGAUAUUUAUUAUAUUUAUUAUAUUUUUUACAUGAUCAUUUUUUGCUAACAGAUAGUUUGAGAAAAUAUAUGUUAGUGGAAUAAAAAAAAAUGCGAAGAGAUUACAUCUUACAAUAUAUGUAUUUAACUCGUAGGAAAGCUCAAAAGAAGACCUACAGUUAAAACAAUAUGAAACAUUUAUAUCAUAUUGGAAAGUAUAACCGUGCAUACUUUUAAGUAUAUUUUUACGUCAAGAAAGCGUGCUCCCACCCAUAUAAAUCACUUAAUUAAAAUCAUAUAUAAAAUCUGUUUGCGGAGCGGAUGUUAUGAUGUUAACUUCGUAUGAUGUAACAUUUGGAGCCCAGAGUAUCGUAUAAUAAUGAAACAAAUAAAAGAAGGGUGUGAAAGGCAUGCCGCAAUCUUAGGUGCGAAAUUAAAAUUUGCAAAUAGUAAAAUUCAUGGAUAUAAUGUAUAGUAUGGAAAUAAUUAAAUUUAUAAAGUGUAUGAUAUGUAUGCUAAUGCGUUUUGACGGUGAUCUUCGGCAAGUUAAUUAGAAGAAAUGUACUUUCAUAUUCAAUUAUAUUCACGAUUUCACGCGAAUUUAUGAUGUGGCGGAUGGGCUAUAAUCGCCGACGUAGUAUUAAUUGGUUGUGAUUAGGUAGGGAAGACUGUAUCUCGGAAACUAGUUUCCGAGUUGACAAGGAAAGUAGUUGAUGCCUGUCAUUGUAUAUUUAAUCAUGCUGUGUUACUUUAAAUAAAUAAUGUGCAAUUAAAA